UUGGUAUGUUGUUGGGUUGAUGUGCACCUGCAAGUUCCUUUGGUGAUUAGUUGUUGGUUUUUAAAUUGUUUACAUACAAAAAAACUCCAUUACAAUUAAUCAUAACUUAGAACUGUCUCCCGACAUAAAGUCACUUUACUUUUCCUCAAGGAGAAAAUUAGUGAGAUGUCAUCAUAGGACUACGAAAAGAAAAGACGGUUAAAUUGUAUUCUUAUCCGUCAAUAUGGCGGACGUAGCAAGAUUUCAACAUUUGGAUAGGUUCUGCAUCCAUUACUACGACAGUAGAGAAUGUCCUAAAGGUGAAACAUGUAAUUAUCAGCACAAAGCACGCUUUGAAGUAGAGAAAGUGCGUUACAUCCUUGGAGAAGAAUUCUUUCUCGGUAGAAUACGCACCAACCAAAGAGUUUGUCGUUUCUUCAAACGAGGAAACUGCAUUCAUCAGCAGAACUGUCAUUACCGCCAUGAUAACGACAACAGUACUCGAAACCUACCAAGAUUAAACCCUCAGAAUAAUACUGUACUGAACAAUACAAACCGAAAUAGUAAUCGUUCGAAUAUAAGCACAAAUUUGCCUUCCACAUCGUCUCAGUCUGCUGAAGUAAACAAUAAGAAUUCGAUUAACAAAAAUCAAAAAGAACAUGGUAAUAAUAAGGAAAACAAACCUGCAAAAUCAGACAUAAACAACUGCCAAAAUAAUGAAGAGAAAAAGGAUCAACCACAAGCAGAAGAUGAGGAGGAGGAAGGCGCAUGCGCGUCCCCUCCUUUAAACCGUAUAAACGAUUCCUGGGUAAACGCUCCGGAAUUCGUGCCAAAAAGUAUCAUUGCUGCACGACCAAGAAGCUAUGCGGAGGCACUCAGCCCAGACGCCAUUGCCGAAAGGAACGCCAACAGAAAGCUCUGCCCGUACGUGAAUAAAGACGGCAUUUGCAGAAACUUGACAGACUGUACAUAUUUACAUGGCGAGAUGUGCGAUAUGUGCGAGAGAUUGAUUUUACACCCUUACAAUGAAGAACAGAGAAAGCGACAUCGUCAGGAAUGUAUAAAACAGCAUGAGAAGAACAUGGAACUAUCGUUUGCCAUCGCACGCUCUAAAGAAAAAUCGUGUGGAGUCUGUUUCGAAGUGAUAAUGGAAAAGGCUAUUGGCGAACAACGUUUUGGUAUAUUACCUAAUUGCAACCAUUGUUUCUGUCUAAGUUGUAUUCGUAAAUGGCGCCAGGCACGUCAGUUUGAAAAUAAAAUCAUUAGGGCUUGCCCUGAGUGUAGGGUGACUUCAGAUUUUGUGUGCCCCAGCAUGUAUUGGGUAGACACGAAGGAAGACAAAGAGAAAUUAAUAGAUGAUUACAAAAAUGCUUUAUCCAGAAAAGACUGCAAAUAUUUCAAAAAAGGACAGGGAAAAUGUCCCUUUGGCAACAAGUGUUUCUAUUUACAUGCCUUCCCUGAUGGCAGCAAAUGCGAUGUCGGGCCACCGCCAAGACAGAGACGUCCCAGAAAUGUUGACACCGAUAUCGACGUCUUGCAGCAGGUGAUGCUUUGGGACUUUCUGGAUGAGCGGGAUUUUCCGUGGCAGUCUUUGGCGGAUGAUUUAGAGGAUCUUGUUUCUUUUUUUACAGAUUCCGAUGAGUCAGACUGGUCUGACUAUGAGCUUUUCUUUGAUUAGUCUUUGCAUAUACUAAUUCAUGUAUAUCCAAGAUAUUUUGAUUAUUUCGUAAGGUUUUACUUUCAAGUUUUUCGGUAUACUGAAUGACAAUUCCAAUUAUUUAUACAGAUUUGUUCUAUUCCUUUUAUGUAGUAUAAUUAUUGUAAAUACUGUUAUAUCUGUUUCGUUUUGUUUCACUUCGAGGCAAUAACAACAGUGUUGCUUCUAAUUGUAUAAAACAUAGAUUUAAUGGUAGCCAUGCCUCCUCAAACUGCUUUUUUUACAGUUUCAUUAAAGAAUAUUUUUACACUUGUUAAUCUCUUUUAAGACUCGGUUGUCAAAUUUACCGAUACCAGUACAAGGUGUACCAAAUAAUCAUAGUUUUUUAUUACCAUUGUUGUAUAGAUAGAAAUAAUCAUAUGUAGUACAGGGUGUCUGAAACAAACAAGCCUAUAACGCAAGAGAUAAAGUCAGUAUAGAAAGUGAUGCUUUCCUUUGAAGUAAUUAUCUAUAAUUUUUUAAUCCUAGUCGAGAGGGAAUUUUUUCAAAUACAUAGUGGCUACUGCGUAGACUCCCUGUACACAUCUGCCAUUCUCACUUUAAUUUUUUGGUGCAUGUUGUAUUCCAAUAGUUAAAAACUUAAAACUACCAAAGUAAAUAUUAUUUUUGAGCAGUGUAUGAAUUCCGAAAGUGAUAUUUUUAAAAACAUUUUUGUUUCCAAAUAGUUCAGCUGUCUAAAAAUCAUUUUAAAUAAUUUUGGACUAACAACCUGAUGCUUAAAAUGUUUCCUUUAUCGGUAUUGGCCCGAUAAAACGGGAGUACAGUGUCGAAAAGGCAUUUAACUUAGAGGCCAGUACGUUCCAAUGUUUUAUUUUCAAAAUUAGGAGAGACAUGAUUCCAUUUCAAAUUUAUUUAAGAGAGCUCUAUAAAUGUCAUGUUUGUCUGUGUAAUCGGUUAAAAAUUACAAAAAAAAAAUAUCCCCGCAUGAGAAAUACCGAAAUAUAAGUGUAUCUGCAAACGCCAAGCAUCGUAACUGUGUGAUCUAUCUCUUCUAAUAUUUUGAAUAUGUUUACAUGAUUUUGUUGAUACAUAUGUUUAGGUUAAGUACAUGAUUGCACCAUUCAUCAUCAGUUUGUAACUUGUCACAGUCUGGAAGUUCCCAAAAAGUAUAUAAUAUUGUUAUUUGUUACAAUCAAAAGCAUAGGAAAAAAAAACAAAAUUGAGUUUCAACGUCGUUGUCUACAACAUUAUUUUUUGAAAUGUGUUUUGAUCUAAAGAUAUAGCAGUUUUACACAGUGAAGGAAAUAUAAUUUUACUAAAUAUUUUUUGGGAUGUGGAGUGUGAUCAAGUAAUGUUCGAAUAAAAUUAAAAGAAAUUUUUUUGUAGUUACUAACAAAAUUUUAUUUUAUCGCGGUGCUAGGACAGAUGAACUGGAAACAGGCGAGACAAGCCAUGUUUAAAAGAUCUGUGAUUUUUAGCUUGCUAGGUAUAAUUAAAAUAAUUUUUAGUUUUUUAGUUAAUCCGUUGACUCACUCUUUGUUAAUAAAUAGAUAUUUAUAGAUUACUAUUUUAGUUGUUUCAGUAACUUUAUUUUUACAGUUGUUAAGAACAAACGUUGAAAAUGUAUAUUUAUAGAAAAAUUGUAUUGAUAGAGGUGGCGAGUUCAACUAUUUGUGUUUGAACAAUAGAAUUAUAUGGAGAGGUAUUAUGUGUCUAAACUCUGAAGGAUAAUUUUUAUUUGAAUAUGUAACAGUUCCAGUGUUGUUUACUAGUAGCGUUCUUUGUUUUCUAUAGAAUUUAUGAAUAUAUAUAUAACCAAAUAUUAAAUUUGAACGUUUCUAGUAAAGAGGAAAAUGGUCUUCUUUAUUGUGUGUUUGUUAUCCUUUUGGGUUUAUUUUUACCUCUAAAAGAAUAUUGUAGCAAUAUAAAUUAUCAAAGCUGAAAAUGGUGGUUUUGUUUAUUGGUCGUAGACAUUUAUUUGUGUGCCUAUAUAACAUAUAUAAAUAUGUAUAAAAUACGCCUCGUAGGUUUGAGAAGGAACUAGGGGCUCUAGUUGUGUUCUGUUACAUUUCAACUGUCGGUGUCAUUCUUUGUGGGAGCGCUACUUUUCAAAAAGUAAAAUUAUUUCUUUUGAAAUCAUCUGUAUUUGCUUACUUUUAUUUGAUUAGCUCAUUUGUGUUGUUUUUUAAUUAAUAGUAUCAUAUAUAUUUAGGCAAAAUAUGACUGUAAACUUGAAACCUACUUUGUUUAAUUAUUUUUAUUGUACUUAUUAUUAAAAGAGAUGCUACAAUUUAA